GUGACCGUUUUGGAUGCAAGAGUGAGCGUGCCCACCUGGGUGAGGGGGCAGAGACAGCCUGCCAGGGCUUCUCUCACUUGUUCCAGGGCCUGAUGUCAGAAGCCAUGGACCAGCCAGCUGGGGGUCCUGGAAACCCAACGCCAGGAGAGGGUGGUGAUGGCAGCAUGGAGCCGGGCACCUGCCAGGAGCUUCUGCACCGACUGCGAGAGCUGGAGGCAGAGAACUCGGCACUUGCCCAGGCCAACGAAAACCAGCGGGAGACUUACGAGCGCUGUCUGGAUGAGGUUGCCAACCACGUGGUGCAGGCGCUGCUGAACCAAAAGGACCUGCGAGAGGAGUGCAUCAAGCUGAAGAAGAGGGUGUUUGACCUGGAGCGGCAGAACCAGAUGCUGAGCGCCCUGUUCCAGCAGAAACUCCAGCUCACAACAGGCUCUCUCCCUCAGAUCCCACUCACCCUCCUUCAGCCGCCAUCAGAUCCACCAGCCUCCCCUUCCCUGAGCUCCGCCGAGGGACCAGCCGCCUUGCUGCCUCUGGGGCACUGUGCUGGGCAGAGAGAGGUAUGUUGGGAGCAGCAGCUGAGGCCAGGAGGCCCAGGCCCCCCAGCCGCCCCGCCCCCGGCGCUGGAUGCCCUGUCCCCGUUCCUUCGGAAGAAAGCCCAGAUUCUGGAGGUGCUGAGAGCCCUGGAAGAGACUGACCCCUUGCUUCUGUGCUCGCCUACUACUCCCUGGAGGCCUCCGGGCCAGGGUCCUGGCUCUCCAGAGCCCAUCAACGGCGAGCUGUGUGGCCCACCUCAGCCUGAAUCCUCGCCCUGGGCCCCUUACCUGCUGCUGGGCCCUGGUAGCCUGGGAGGUCUGCUGCACUGGGAGCGACUCUUGGGGGGCCCGGGAGGGGAGGAGGGUACUGGGCGGCUCUGGGGCCCUAGCAGGGGCUCCCCCCAGGCCCAGAGCACCAGCGCAGGCCCACACUGUGCCCCAGGCAGCAGCUCCUCCUCCUCUUCCGAUGAGGCAGGUGACUCCAAUGAGGCACCCAGCCCCGACACCCUGCUCGGUGCUCUGGCCCGCAAACAGUUGAACCUGGGCCAGCUCCUUGAGGACACAGAGUCUUACCUACAGGCCUUUCUGGCUGGGGCUGCAGGCCCACUCAAUGGGGACCACCCAGGUCCUGGGCAGUCUUCCUCCCCAGAUCAGGGGCCCCCACAGCUGUCCAAGUCCAAAGGCCUCCCCAAGUCGGCUUGGGAUGGGGGUACCCCAGAGGCCCACAGGCUGGGCUUCGGUGCUACCUCAGAGGGCCAGGGCCCCCUCCCCUUCCUCAGCAUGUUCGUGGGCGCAGGGGAUGCCCCACUGGGCUUGCGGCACGGCCAUCCCCACUCCUCAUCUCAGGUGAAAAGCAAGCUCCAAAUUGGACCCCCUUCUCCUGCGGAAGCCCAGGGACCCCUUCUGCCCUCUCCAGCCAGAGGUCUCAAGUUCCUAAAGCUGCCUCCGGCCUCAGAAAAGGUCCCCAGCCCAGGAGGCCCCCAGCUCAGUCCCCAGCUGCCCCGGAACUCCCGAAUCCCCUGUCGGAACAGCGGCUCAGACGGCAGCCCCUCCCCACUGCUGGCCCGAAGGGGUCUCGGUGGAGGAGAGCUAGGGUCCCCAGAGGGGGCACAGGGCCUGCCCGCCAGCCCUUCACCCUGCUCCUCGACCCCGGACUCGGCACAGCUCAGACCCCCGCAGUCGGCCUUGCCCACCACACUGUCCCCAGGACCAGUGGUGUCUCCCUGCUAUGAGAACAUCCUGGACCUUUCCCGGAGCACCUUUAGGGGGCCUUCCCCAGAGCCACCUCCGUCCCCACUGCAGGUGCCCACCUACCCGCAACUGACUCUGGAGGUGCCACCAGCCCCUGAGCUCCUCCGGAGCCCUGGAGUCCCCCCAAGCCCUUGCCUCCCAGAAUCCUGCCCCUAUGGGAGCCCCCAGGAGAAGAGUUUGGACAAGGCUGGCUCAGAAUCUCCCCAUCCUGGCCGCAGGACCCCAGGCAACUCAUCCAAGAAGUCCAGCCAGGGGUCAGGGCGGCGACCUGGGGACCCUGGCAGCACACCUCUGCGGGACAGACUGGUGGCCCUGGGGAAAUUGAAGACAGGCCCUGAGGGGCCCCUGGGCCCAGAGAAGAAUGGGGUGCCAGCCAGACCUGGCACUGAGAAGGCCCGGAGGUCAGGGGAAAGUGCUGGAGACACAGCGCCCCCCACCCCCAGGCCCCCCGAGCAGCCAGAAGCUAAGGGGGCCCUGCGGGGGGCAGUGGCCUUCGCCACAAACAGCCUGAAGCAGCAGGAGCCUGGACUCGUGGGGGAUUCCGGGGCUCGAGUCUACUCCUCCCACUCCAUGGGGGCCCGGGUGGACCUGGAGCCCAUCUCCCCAAGGAGCUGCCUCACCAAAGUGGAGCUGGCCAAGAGCCGGCUGGCAGGAGCCCUGUGCCCCCAGGCACCCCGCACCCCUGCCAAAGUGCCAGCCUCAGCCCCCAGCCUGGGCAAGCCCAGCAAGAGCCCUCACAGCAGCCCCACAAAGCUGCCUUCCAAGUCACCCACCAAGGUGGUGCCCCGACCUGGGCCUCCCCCGGUCGCCAAGGAGCCCCCCAAGCCCGAGAAAGGGAAGGGCCCACUGUGGGCAGACUGUGGCGGCCCCGUGGCCCCGCCCACCCCCUCAGUCCCUGGCCCAGCUGACCCGAACCAGGGCCCUGAGGGGCCGGCCCCACACUCGGCCAUCGAGGAGAAGGUGAUGAAGGGCAUCGAGGAGAACGUGCUGCGACUGCAGGGCCAGGAGCGGGCCCCCGGCACCGAGGCCAAGCACCGCAACACCAGCAGCAUCGCCAGCUGGUUCGGCCUUAAAAAGAGCAAGCUGCCGGCACUGAACCGCCGCACGGAGGCCACCAAGAGCAAGGAAGGGGCUGGCGGGGGCUCCCCGCUCCGGAGGGAGGCCAAAGUGGAAGCCCGGAAGCUGGAGGCUGAGAGCCUCAACAUCUCCAAGCUGAUGGCCAAAGCAGAAGACCUGCGCCGGGCACUGGAGGAGGAGAAGGCCUACCUGAGCAGCAGGGCCCGGCCGCGACCUGGGGGUGCAGCCCCAGGGCCCAGCACAGGGCUGGGACAGGUGCAGGGCCAGCUGGCCGGUGUGUACCAGGGUGCGGACACCUUCAUGCAACAGCUGCUCAACAGGGUGGAUGGCAAGGAGCUGCCACCCAAGAGCUGGCGGGAGCCCAAGCCCGAGUAUGGAGAUUUCCAGCCAGUGUCCUCUGACCCCAAGAGCCCCUGGCCAGCCUGUGGGCCCCGAAAUGGCCUGGUGGGCCCUCUUCAGGGCUGUGGAAAAUCUCCUGGAAAGCCGAGCAGCGAGUUGGGGAGGCGGGAAGAGAUGCCCUCGGAGGACAGCUUGGCCGAGCCAGGGCCCAACUCACACUUCACAGCCUGCGGCUCCUUGACUCGAACCUUGGACAGUGGCAUUGGGACCUUCCCACCCCCCGACCAUGGCAGCAUUGGGACUCCCAGCAAGAAUCUUCCCAAGACCAAGCCACCACGGCUGGAGCUCCCACCCGGGGUACCCCCGGCACGGCCCCCGCCCCUUACCAAAGUCCCCCGCCGUGCACACACGCUGGAGCGGGAGGUGCCGGGCAUAGAGGAGCUGCUGGUGAGCGGGCGACACCCCAGCAUGCCUGCCUUCCCCGCACUGCUCACCGCUGCUCCGGGCCACCGGGGCCAUCAGCCCUGUCCUGAUGAUCCCUGUGAAGACCCGGGCCCAACCCCUCCUGUCCAGCUGGCCAAGAACUGGACUUUCCCCAACACGAGGGCAGCUGGCAGCUCCUCGGACCCUUUUCUCUGCCCAUCCCGACAAUUGGAGGGGCUGCCCCAGCCCCCCAUGGCCCUGCCCGUGGACCGGAAGCGGAGCCAGGAGCCCAGCCGCCCAUCCCCCACGCCUCAGGGCCCGGCGUUUGGGGGUAGCCGCACCCCCAGCACAUCGGACAUGGGCGAGGAAGGCAGAGCGGCCAGCGGGGGCCCCCCGGGGCUGGAGACUUCGGAGUCUCUCAGUGACUCACUCUACGACUCGCUCUCCUCCUGUGGGAGUCAGGGCUGAGGGGCUACGCCACCACAGCCCCCUCUGCAGGUGGGGACCACAGACUGGACUGGCUCCCUUCGCAGCCCUUUGGAGCCAGGGGGCCCCCUCCCUGAAGGGACCAAGGAAGCAGGCGGAUGAGAAGAGGAAGGCGGUCCCUGGCUCACCCACCGCUGCUGUGGAUGAGAUAACCGCGCUCAGCUCAGGGAGAGACCCCACCCUUGGUCCCUUCUCUCACCCAGAGCAAGGCUCUUCCUCUAAGGGACUGGGGUUCAAGGCCACUGUGUCCCGGGCCCCCAGCUCCCACUUCAGGCUGCCAUCUUGGUGCUGGGCUUCCUGCCCGCCAGCUGUGCCAUCUCUGCCCAACCUGGCUGCUCCCUGCCUCAAAGCCCCCCACGGGGCCAUUCCAGAGGCCCCCAUGCUGGGGGAGUUUGGGGGUGAGGGAGACAAGUUGCCUUCUCUCUCUGCCCCGGUCCUCCCUGCUGUCUGGAUGGUGCUGCCCUCCCCUGCCCCAUGUCUCUGGGGUCUGUCUGUCUGUCUUUUUGGUUGUUUUUUUAUAUUAAAGCGCCUGGCCCAGUCCUCAACCCCCAAUCCCGCACUGCGGUUAAUUUAUCUGUCGUUUAAAACACGGCUGCUCUGCUUCCUGCCUCUGCUUCUGCCGUAUCCCUAAUAAAAUGUGGAGGCCCCUCCCUA